GUUGUUUUUCUCUGGCGCACUCUGCAGUGACCUGGAAGUGAAAUGUUUAGCAGGAAGUACAAAUGACCGAGAAACAAAGAUGGCGGGGGAUUCCUCAAUGGAGCUUCUGUUUUUAGACACGUUUAAGCAUCAAAGUGCAGAGUUCACAAAUGUGGAUGUGGUGCGGUUUCCGUAUGGUGUAAUGAUCACAGAAGUCAGAGUCAUCCCUCCUGGUAUCAAAGCCCACAGCAGCCUCCCGGACAGCAGAGCUUUUGGAGAAACUGCUCCUCAUGCUUUCCAGUUAGACCUGUUCUUUAACAAUGUGUCCAAACCCAGCACCCCAGUGUUUGACCGGUUGGGCAGCUUGGAGUACGACGAGAACAAAUCAAUUGUCUUCAGGCCCAGUGGAAAGAUAAAUACAGACGGGUUGGUGCUGCGGGGCUGGUAUACAUGCCUAACGUUGGCAGUGUAUGGUACGGCCGAACGCUCACACAGCCACGACCGCGAUUCUCCACCCCCACCCCCUCCACCUCCACCGCAACAGCAGACACCUGCCUCCAAGAGGAAUGUCAAGCAUGAGUGGGAUAAUGAGGAGCAGUUUAACGGCAGCCCACCCAGACCACAACCCAGAGGCCCUCGAACCCCACCAGGGCCUCCACCCCCGGACGACGAUGAUGAGGAUGCGCUGCCUGUGCCAGGCCCGGUGAAGGAGGAGAGCGUGGAGCGCGGAGACGAUGAUUUGGAGCCUGUUUCUCCUGAACGAAACUCCCUCCCUCCUGAUGAUGCAUACUCAGACCAGCAACAGGAGGAAGAUGAAGGAGCAGGGGAGGAUGAAGACGAUGAUGCCCGCUCUGAGGGAAGUGAGCCAGAGGAGGAGGAGGAGGAGGAUGAGGAAGAGGGUGAGGAGGAGAUGGAGGAUGAUGGUGAAGGUGAUGAUGGCUAUGAGCAGAUUUCCAGUGACGAGGAGGAUCUCGAGAGUGGGGCAUUUAAACUGCCAGCCUUCGACCUUGACUGCACCCCUGAGGACCUCGCAUCACUCCCUACCGUCCAAUACGAUCCGUACGAACGGGAACUCCGCCCCCUCCAGCACUUCACUGCACCCCAUAUCACGCGCUACGAGGCAGAAUUGAAUUGUCUUAAGGCUACAGAACUUCAGGACCAAACGUCGCCAUGGGCCGAGUCUGCAUCUAAGUUGGUAGAACUGUUGGAGUCCCGGGGGGAGGGGCCAGACUCAGAGCACAGUGCAGGCUGGGUAACGGCAUUAGAAGAAGUUUCUGGUUUGCUAGUGAAAGGAUUGAGCUUCUUGGCGGUUAAGGAUCCAGAGGGCCAGAAGGAGCAGCUGAAGCUGCUGGUCGAAUGGACAUCCACAGCUUUGAAUCUCGACUCAGCCCUGGCACAACCCAUCGCCCUGAACCUGCGCCAACUGAAAGCAGGUGCCAAACUAGCGUCUUCUCUGGCUGACUGUGGUACUCAGACUGUGCAGGGUCUGCUGGAGAAGGGAAUCGUGGGUCUUCUGCUGGGCCUCCUGUUUGCCGAUCACGUGUCAUCCACGCUGAAGCUCAGCGUUCUGCGCUCCCUCGACAGCAUCAUAAGCGAACCAAUUGGCAUGGAGGCACUGAUUAGAGUGGACCAACAAGACAGCGAAGGGACCAGUGGCUACCAGCGUCUGCUCGAGCUCUUUCUUUUGGACCAGACUGUCCGAGUGGCGACAGCAGGUGCUGCCAUCAUGCAGAAGGGACAUUUUUACGAAGUGCUGACUGACCUUCAGAAAACAGCGGGUGUGUGGGCUGAGCACCAUCCUGCAGAAGGUGAGGCUGGAGAGAGAGAAAGAGAAGGAGGUGAGAGGGAGAGAGAAAGCACUGACAGAGAGGGAGAAGAGGGAGACAGGGAAAACAUCGAGGCAGAGCCAGAGAGCCCGAUGGACAUGGACACGCUGCUGGAAUCCAAUUCUCUGUCAGAGGCUGAUCUGGAGAGGCUGCAAGGUUUGCUAGAAGAGUUGCUCCACCUGCUGGAAACAGCGCCUCACUGCAUGGUGCAGCCGCCUGGCAAGGCUUUUCCCACUACUGCACGUAUUACCGGACCUCCGGAGCGAGAUGAUCCUUAUCCAACACUCUAUAGGUAUAUGCAUGCUACCCACUUCUUGGAGUCGCUGGCGGUUGUCUUGACCUCUCCGGCCACUUGCAGCCACGUGGGAGUACUGCAGGCCGUGCGAGAGCUGCUGCGCUUCUUAUCCCAAUCCCAGCAGGGCCUCUUAUUCCUCCUGAGCCAGCACGAGCCCACCAACAUCCUGUUACGUCUGCUCACACCUCUCACACACGUGGCUCCCCUCACACACCUAGCUCACCUGGCCCCACUGACCCCUCUGUUGGAGGCAGAGGGCGAGGAAGCUGCCACUGGCACUGAGAGCUCAUUGGACGAUGGCUUUUGGGUGUGGUUAAUGCAGGCCUUGCACGCCCUGCAAGCUGUCGCAGAGCUCAACGGCCUGGAGCUUGAGGAAGGUGACAAUCCAGAAGUGUUGUCCACGCUCCACAGCUUGUAUCUGAUUAGUUUUAACAGCACGGGACGAAACGCAGUCUCACACGUAUUCAGCCUGGACCUUAAUCUCAGCUGCCUGGUCAACCUGCUCGAGCAUCACGCCAAAGAGGGACAGGGGGAGGGAAAAGCCAGAAAGUCUGUGACAUACAACUAUGCCUGUAUGCUCGUGCUGCUGGUGGUCCAGACCUCUGCUGAGCUGAGAAUGAUGGAGCAUUAUGCUGCUCCAUUACUCAGUAUAUGCAAAGCCGACGAGAACAACGCAAAACUUCAAGAGCUGAGUAAAUGGCUGGAGCCACUGGAGAAGCUACGUUUUGAUAUGAGUGGCAUACCAGCGCUUAUUGAUUACAUCAAACAGAAUCUGGAGAAUGUAAUGACGCCAGAUGGAGUGGGGCUUGUCACUGCCCUCAGAGUGCUUUGUCACAUUGCCUGUCCACCGGCUACAGUGCCAGGUCAGCAGAAGGAUCUGAAGUGGAACCAGGCAGUGAUCACACUGUUCAGCGCUGAAGGAAUGGACACCUUUAUUAAAGUCCUCCAGAAGUUGACCUCGGUGUUACUACCCCCCUGGCGACUGCAUGGACCUUUGGGCCCCACGCCACAGCGGCUGAUGAUGAUGUCACUGGCGUCCUGCGCGCUGAGGCUGAUGCGAGCAAUGCUAAGCGAGCUGCUGCAAGGCGGCGCGUGUGAGUUCAGGGACGUGCGUGUCCCGGCCGUGUGUGUUACCCUACACACGAUUGCAUGCUCCACGCCGUUGGGACGCCUGGAUGCCGAGGAGCUGCGCCUGCAGAGUGACAUCACUGACGUUUUACUGACUUUCACACACGCUGUGAGUGAGCAGGAGACAGGAUCUGAGGAAACUGUGGCAGCGAACAGCUGGUCUCUCAUGCUGAAAGAGGUGCUCAACUCCAUUACGGCUGCACCACAGAACAUUUACAGCAGCCUCAGUCUGUUAUCGGAGCUGCUGCCUUUACCGCUGCCCAUGCAGACCACACAGGCUUUGUCAGUCCAAGACAUUGGCGUGGCGAUGAACACACGUAAGCUGUGGAGCAUGCAUCUGCACGCUCAGGCACGCACGUUACAGGAGCUGCUGCGUUGUGUGUGUGUGAGCAGCUGCCCACCUCUCCAGUCUGUGCUCCGGCGAGUGUGUGUGCAGCUCUGCGACCUUGCAGCACCAACUGCCACCCUUGUCGUGAGGACCCUGCUGGAGCAGCUGCAUGAAGAGAUGCAACUGGAAGCCGUGACUUCGCAGUUGACAAGGUUACUAGCCCUAAUAGACUCACUGGUGUCUCAGCGCUCCUGUAAGGCAGCCAUGUUGGCUCUGCUGGGCGGAGCCGUGCGCAGCGAGGUGCGGACCGAGGGGCGGCCUGAAGACAAAUCCUCAGAGAUGCUAUCGAUGCUGCUUGCGAUGCUCCUCCCACCGGUGGACGCCAGCCUAUCGGUGCAACAGAACUCUGAACUGAUAGCCUCAAUUAUCCAAUCACUGUGUGACCAGGACAUUUCACUGAUUGUGAGUGGCUCAGGGGAGGUGUGUGUGUCUGAGGCAGAGCAGUUGGCUAACGCCUUGCCUUCAAAGGAAAUGAUGCCGGGUAUAUGUGACAGAAUGUUGGAGGUGCUCAGACACACCCACAGCAGCUACACUCUUCAGCUCACUUGCCUCAGAACAAUGAUGUUCCUGACCGAACAUGACUAUGGGCUCUAUCACUUGAAGAGCUCACUAAAGAAGCACAAUUCUGCCGUGUCAUCACUGCUCCGGAGAGAAAUCGCGUCUUUUAACAAAGAAUCGGCUGAACUGCUUUCUGCUCUGUUGGACUUCCUGCGGCAGAUCCUCAACAAUGACUCAGUGGAUGAAGAUAUGGACUCCCGCUCUUUGGCUUUGAACAUGAGUGAUAUGAAACAGCUGCUCCAGUGGAAAGAUGAUUCCACUGAACAUCCGCUUGCAGAGUUGGAGAAACACAUCACGGAACUUCUUAAAGAGGAUGAUUCUUUGGAAGCUCUGCUGGAGAAUGUGGUGGGUCUCCGGCAGAUUGUGGAAAGUACUGGAGAGACAAUGGGCCAAGCAGAACCUGAAACAGAGCCAACUCUGCCUUCUCCAGAGCCACUCCAGACCCAGUUUAACAACAGAACCGUAUAUAUUCUCUCUGAUCUGUUGGAUGAUCAGCUGAGAGCUCUUUGGUAUUCUCCAUUCCAGUCAGACGACAUGGAGACAGACCAAGACAUGGUUAAAGUGGACCUGGUCGCGCUGGCGCAGCAGUGCUGCCCUGACCUGAACCUGAAGGCAGAGUUAGACCGUUCGUUCCUGAGCGAGCCUACUUCACCAGGCCACAGCAAACCAGCAAAGGGCUUUAGACUGGGAAAGCACAAACAUGAAACCUUCAUCACCUCUAGCGGCAAAUCAGAGUAUGUGGAGCCGGCUAAGCGUGCUCACAUCAUGGUAGCGCCUCGCGGACGUGGUCGCGGUGCUUUCAACCAGCUCAGCCGCCCGCACGACAUCUUCAGGCAGCGUAAGCAGAACACGAGCCGGCCGCCCUCCAUGCACGUAGAUGACUUCUUGGCUGCAGAGUUCAAGGAAGUUAACCUACCUGCAGGCUUGGCUCCACCCAAACGCCCUCUCAAAGGGGGAGGGGCCAAGCCACCCACUAGAGGCCUGUUUACUGGUGGAACCAGGGGACGGGGCUUCCAGAGCCACACCCGCUUCUUCACUCCACCUGCACCCAAGAGCGCACUGCUUGCCAGUAAUUAUCCUCGUCGUGAAGGUGGGCGGGGCUCGACGUGGAGUGCUCCAGUGACUGCAGUAACUCACAGAGGGACAUACAGUGAACCCCGAGGAGCACAAAGUAACUUUACACGGCCUUUGCCAUCGAGGCAGCCACCAACAGGUGCACACCGGUUGGCUCCGCGAGACCGUGCCCCCAGAGGAAGAGGCACUGGGCUUUCCUGGCUAAGCGGAGGAGGACUUAGUGUAGGAGGUGGUGGAGUAAGUAACAGUGGGCGUGGUCAAGGCAAAUUCAGCAGCAGCGGGAGUGGAGGUGGACGAGGCCGGCACGUACGCUCGUUCACUCGCUAAUAACGAUAAACUAUCCAGGACUCAGCCACAGGGCUCUAAAGGACCAAUCAGGACGUGGACUUGGAGAAUCAGUGGAUGCAUUUAUUGUAAUGUUAUAUCUGUUGUUUUUUUUUUCUGUCAAAAGCUGAUUAAAAUUCUGUGAAUAUCCACUUGUGUUUAAUAUCUUUUAAACCUGACAUUUGAAUUUCAGCAGUUUAAAAGCGUACAUUUUUAUAUGCAGCUGUUUGCUAGGAAGUGCCGUUUUCCAAGAAAGACAUUGUGAUAGAUACUUUGCAAAGUAUUUUAUUGUGAGCCAGUUAGAGAAAAUAGUUGCACAAUUAAUGUGAAAUAAAUCAUUUUGAAAAUA